UCUCCGCUUCGUCUGAGCUUAUAACUUUAAGGUCGUUCACAUCGGAUCUCUGCGAUACCCAUCUUUGUGCGUACUGCAGACCUUACAAUCAGCAAACCUCUCACUAUGCCGACCGCAAUUGUCACUGGCGCAACUGGUAUCCUCGGUCGCGAGAUUGUCUACGAGCUUGGACGUCAUCCGCAAGAAUGGACUACGGUCCAUGCGCUUUCGCGUUCGAAGAAGGACGUAUACCCAUCUAACAUUGUCCAUAACUUCAUCGACCUCACGGCGGAUGUGCAGGAGGUGGCAAAGGAGCUGAAGGACGUGUCGGCUGACUAUAUCUUCUUCGCUGCAUAUCUACUCAAGGGUUCGGAGGAGGACAAUACCAAAGUCAACGGUGAUAUGCUGGAGAACCUCUUCAAAGCCCUCGAGAUCAACAAUGCCGUCUCGCAUAUCAAGCGUAUCGUCUUGGUCACCGGAUGCAAGCAGUAUGGCGUCCACCUCGGUCGCGCCAAGACUCCCAUGGUUGAAUCUGACCCUUGGCUCCCCGAGCCGCCCUACCCACCCAACUUCUACUAUCGCCAACAGCGCAGCCUGCACGCCUUCAGUGCAAAGCAUGGCAUCGAAUGGGUCGUCACCUACCCAAACGAAGUCAUCGGCUUCGCCAAAGGUAACUUCAUGAACCUUGCCGCGUCGAUUGGGCUCUACGCCGCGGUGCACCGCGAACUCGGCACAGGCGGGCUGCCCUUCCCCGGCGGGGCGACGUUCUACGAGAAGUUCGACUCCUUAACGUACAGCCGGCUACACGCCGAGUUCUGCGUGUGGGCUGCGACCGCGCCCGGCGCGAAGAACCAGGCGUUUAACGUCGUGAACGGCGAUGUCGAGAGCUGGUCGAAUAUGUGGCCGAAGCUCGCUGCGCGCUACGGGAUGACGGUCCCCGGCGACCAGUUCUCGCGCCCUGCACCGGACGCGUCGGAUGUGCCCAUGGCGGACAACCCGCCGAUCUCGUUCUUGGCGAAGGCCCUAGGACUACAGGGCAAGACAGCGCAGUCGCACAUCGAGCAGACGAUCGACCUCGCGAAGUGGAGCCAGAAGCCGGAGGUGCAGGCGGCCUGGGAACGCCUCGCUGAGCGGGAGGGCCUUGAGAAGGACGCAUUCGAAAAGGCGACGUGGAUGUUCUCGGGCUUCGUGUUGGGUCGCAACUUCGACGUGAUAGUCAGCAUGAGCAAGGCGAGAGCUGCGGGGUGGACGGGGUACCACGAUACGUGGGAGAGCUUUGAGAAGGUUUUCGACCAGCUCGAGAGCGAGAAGAUAUUGCCCAAGGCAAUUGGCAGAUUCGUCGGGUGGUCGAUGCAGCAGUGAAGUCACUGAGGGAGUAUACUGUUCUUCAGCCAAAACAUGUAGAUCAGAGCUGUAGUAGACAUGGCCCUGUCUUGAUUUUGGCUACACCGCAUGGCAUGGCAUGCCGUACCAGCCCGGGCCGUGCACGCGACAGCAUGCUUCAGACGCAAGUCCGAUUCAAAGGGGCAUAGUCUGUGGCAGCGAAGUCACGUAGCUGGAGGCUGCCAAAGUUGCGACUGGCAGGCGUGCUUUCACUCUGAGUCGAGCGAAACAGACU